CAUGCCUCCAUAUUUCUGGAAAACCUCCUUUUCUUUCUUCUUUGUCAUCUACCCGUAAUACAUCCUGUUUUUUUGUUUCUGUAGGUGGGGUUUUUGUCCUCUUCGGUUUUGUGGCUGAUAUCUAUUGGUUCGUAUUCGAAAAACCCGUAAAUAUCUUUUCUUCAGAAUUAGUGCACUAAAAGAUAAUCGAAUCCUUGGCUGAAUUUGAAAUUGUGGGUGGUCAAAUUGGAGGAACUUGUGUUUACCCCACUUGAGUUGAGGUGGUGAUAAAAUUGGGUUUCUCUUAGUGGGUUUUAUUCUAUUGGAUUGAUUGUGAAUCCACGUCAGGUGAUCGGGGUUCAUUUCGAUGGUCUUUUUUAGUUCUUGAUGCUGUUUUUUUAGUUCCAGACAAAGAGGUUUUAGGAAGUGGAUGUAGCUUGAAAUUUUGCUAUGGUGACUGAUAUGGAAGUUGAUACGAAUGGAGAGGAUGACUCAAAAGGUGGCAUGUGGGCUUUGGAGCAGAAAAUUGACCAGCCCAUGGAUGAAGAGGCGGGUAGACUAAAAAAUAUGUAUAGAGAAAAGAAGUUCUCUGCAAUUUUGCUUCUGCGACUUGCAUUUCAAAGUCUUGGAGUCGUCUAUGGAGAUUUGGGAACUUCUCCUUUGUAUGUCUUUUACAAUACUUUUCCUAAAGGAAUCGAUGAUACGGAAGACAUUAUUGGUGCACUUUCCUUGAUCAUUUACUCUCUUACCCUUGUGCCUCUCAUCAAAUAUGUUUUCAUUGUUUGUCGCGCAAAUGACAAUGGUCAAGGUGGAACUUUUGCUCUUUAUUCACUACUGUGUCGACAUGCAAAAGUCAGUACGAUUCCUAAUCAACAUCGAACUGACGAGGAAUUGACAACUUAUAGUCGCACCACAAUUCAUGAGAAUUCGUUUGCUGCAAAAACAAAGAGAUGGUUGGAAGGACACGUGUUUAAAAGGAAUGCACUUCUUCUACUUGUCCUUGUUGGUACUUGCAUGGCGAUUGGAGAUGGAAUUCUAACUCCUGCUAUUUCAGUUUUAUCGGCUUCUGGUGGCAUAAAGAUAGACCACCCAGGGAUGAGUACUGAUGUCGUCAUAGUUGUUUCGGUUAUCAUACUACUAGGUUUGUUUAGUCUACAACACUAUGGCCCCGAUAAGGUUGGAUGGCUCUUCGCUCCAAUUGUCUUGAUUUGGUUUCUUUUAAUCGGAGGAAUUGGAAUUUUCAAUAUCUGGAAAUACGACACUGGGGUGUUGCGGGCUUUUUCACCAGUAUAUAUAUACCACUAUUUUGCAAGGAGAGGAAAAAAUGGUUGGACAUCACUUGGAGGGAUCAUGCUUAGUAUAACAGGGACGGAGGCACUUUUUGCUGAUCUUGCCCAUUUUCCACUCUCCGCAAUCCAGCUUGCAUUUACAGUUGUUGUAUUCCCUUGCCUUCUUUUAGCCUAUUCUGGACAAGCAGCCUACCUCAUGCAAAACAAGGAACAUGUGUAUGAUGCGUUUUACCGCUCUAUCCCAGAGAGUAUAUACUGGCCGAUGUUUGUUAUUGCGACAUUAGCUGCUAUUGUUGCAAGUCAGGCAACUAUUUCUGCUACAUUUUCGAUAAUUAAGCAGGCAAAUGCACUUGGCUGUUUUCCAAGAGUCAAGGUCAUUCAUACAUCAAGUAAAUUUCUUGGACAGAUAUAUAUUCCAGAUAUCAAUUGGAUUCUUAUGGUUCUUUGCAUCAUUGUGACUGCUGGAUUCAAGAAUCAAAGCCAAAUUGGCAAUGCUUAUGGGACAGCAGUCGUCAUAGUCAUGCUUGCAACGACUUUCAUCAUGAUAUUAAUUAUGUUAUUAGUCUGGCGCUGCCACUGGAUUCUCGUCUUCAUCUUUGCGGCCUUAUCUCUGAUCGUUGAAUGCACUUACUUUUCCGCUGUUCUGUUCAAGAUUGAUCAGGGCGGGUGGGUCCCACUUGUCAUUGCUGCAGUCUUUCUUCUCAUCAUGUACAUUUGGCAUUACGGCACCGUGAAAAGAUACGAGUUUGAAAUGCACAGUAAGAUCUCGAUGGCAUGGAUUCUUGGUUUGGGACCAAGUUUGGGGCUUGUUAGAGUUCCCGGAGUAGGACUUGUGUACACGGAGCUCGCAAGCGGAGUCCCACAUAUCUUUUCCCAUUUCAUCACUAAUCUGCCCGCCAUCCAUUCAGUAGUUGUUUUCGUCUGCGUCAAAUACCUUCCUGUUUACACUGUCCCAGAAGACGAAAGAUUUCUCGUCAAAAGAAUCGGGCCCAAAAACUUUCACAUGUUCAGGUGCGUUGCCAGAUAUGGAUACAAAGAUUUACACAAGAAAGACGACGAGUUUGAGAAGAAACUCUUCGAUAAUCUCUUCAUGUUUGUAAGACUCGAGUCAAUGAUGGAAGGCGGGUCGGAUUCAGACGAAUAUAGCGUAUACGGCCAGCAAACUCGGCGUUCUAAAGAUUUCUUGCUGCCCGAUACCAACAACAAUACGUUUUCGUCAGUUGUAGACCUCACAGUCUCAUCGGGCGACUCGAUCGUGCCGGCGAAAUCAUCUUAUCAUGUUAAUAACUCAGGGAUGUCAUCUGGGCAGGUGAGUAGUCAUACAGAGGUCGAUGAAAUGGAGUUUCUGACGGGUUGUCGAGAUGCUGGGGUGGUGCAUAUAAUGGGAAAUACCGUGGUUAGAGCGAGGAGGGAUUCGCCGUUCUAUAAAAAGAUUUGUAUAGAUUACGUAUAUGCGUUUCUGAGGAAGAUUUGCAGGGAAAAUAGUGUCAUCUUUAAUGUUCCUCACGAGAGCCUUUUGAACGUUGGGCAGGUGUUUUAUGUGUAAAUUAUUAUUGUAUCGAAUUGGAUUUUUGGUGAGUAUAGCGUUCGUUUCUGUAGCAAGUCGAACACAACUGUUUGAAGAAAUGUGUGAUCGCUAUCGACAACCGAUACAGAAUAAAUUUGAAUCGGGAGAAGACGAAUACUGUAAUAUGUAAUGAACAAUCAAAGAAAAGCGUAUGUAAAUAAUUUACGGGUUUAAUAUGGUUCAAGUACUUUCCAGU